UUUGCAGCCCUGACUAAGGAACUGAAUGUCUGCAGGGAACAGCUUCUGGAGAAGGAGGAGGAAAUCGCCGAGCUGAAGGCGGAGAGGAAUAACACACGACUGCUGCUGGAGCAUCUGGAGUGCCUCGUAUCUCGGCACGAGCGCUCACUGAGAAUGACUGUUGUGAAGCGGCAGGCCCAGUCCCCCUCGGGCGUCUCCAGCGAAGUGGAGGUCCUCAAAGCUCUCAAAUCCUUAUUCGAACACCACAAGGCCCUUGAUGAGAAGGUGAGGGAGAGACUGCGGGUGUCGCUGGAGAGGGUCUCAACCUUGGAAGAGGAGCUGACGGCAGCAAACCAGGAGAUUGCGGCAUUGCGGGAGCAGAAUGCCCACAUCCAGAGGAAGGUGGUGUCGAGCGAAGGUGGAGAGGAGCCGCAGGAAGCCACUGACACAGCCCAAAAGGUCCAUGGCAAGCGUCUGUCCAACGGCUCCAUGGAGCCCGCCAGCGAAGCCAACCAGGUGGUGGAGCUGCAGGAGCUCCUGGAGAAGCAGAACUACGAGCUGGCCCAGAUGAAGGAGCGCAUGUCCUCGCUGGCCUCGCGUGUCUCCGAGGUGGAGCAGGAGCUCGAAACGGCACGCAAGGACCUCAUCAAGUCCGAGGAGAUGAGCAACAAGUACCAGAGGGACAUCAAGGAAGCCAUGUGUCAGAAGGAGGACAUGGAGGAGCGGAUUGUUACCCUGGAGAAGCGCUACCUCAGUGCCCAGCGGGAGUCCACCUCAUUGCAUGACAUCAGCGACAAGCUGGAGAACGAGCUGGCCAACAAAGAGGCCUUCCUCAGACAGAUGGAGGAGAAGAACCGGCAGCUACAGGAGAGGCUGGAGCUGGCCGAGCAGAAGCUACAACAAACCAUGAGGAAGGCAGAGACGCUGCCCGAGGUGGAGGCCGAGCUGGCCCAGAGGAUAGCCGCCCUCACAAAGGCGGAGGAACGCCACGGGAACAUUGAGGAGCGCAUGCGGCAGCUGGAGGGCCAGCUGGAGGAGCGGAACCAGGAGUUGCAGAGAGCUCGACAGAGGGAGAAGAUGAACGAGGAACACAACAAGCGCCUGUCGGACACCGUGGACAGGCUGCUUACAGAGUCCAACGAGCGAUUGCAGCUGCACCUCAAAGAGAGGAUGGCGGCGCUGGAGGAGAAGAAUGUUUUAAUACAGGAUUCGGAGAACUACAGGAAACAGCUGGAGGAUUCGCUGCAGGAGAAAUCGCAGCUGGCGGAGGAGAUCGAGAAGCUGAGAGUGGAACUAGAUCAACUCAGGAUCAGGACUGGCUCCCUUACAGAACCAGCCUUGUCACGGUCCCACCUAGACACCUCCACAGAGCUCCGCUUUUCCCUCGGCUCCCUGGUUGAUGCCCAGUCCGACCACUACAGGUCCACCAAGGUGGUGCGCAGACCCAGACAGGGCCGGAUGGGCGUCCGUCGGGAGGAGCCGAAGGCCAAGUCCCUGGGAGAGCACGAGUGGCGGGCACAGCAGCUAGGGGUCCUGGGUUCCCACCCCUUCGAGAGCGACACAGAGAUGUCGGAUAUUGACGACGACGACCGCGACACCAUCUUCAGCUCCAUGGACCUGCUGUCACCCGGCGGCCACUCGGAUGCCCAGACUCUGGCCAUGAUGCUGCAGGAGCAGUUGGACGCGAUCAACAAGGAGAUCCGGCUUAUCCAGGAGGAGAAAGAGUCGACAGAGCUGAGGGCCGAGGAGAUCGAGAACCGCGUGGCCAGCGUGAGCCUGGAGGGCCUCAAUCUGGCCCGCGUCCACCAGCCUGGGGCGUCCAUCACCGCCUCGGCCACAGCCUCCUCCUUGGCCAGCUCCUCACCCCCCAGCGGACACUCCACCCCCAAGCACACGCCCCGCAGCCCAGCCCGGGACAUGGAGCGCAUGGGCGCGAUGACUCUGCCCAGCGACCUGCGAAAACACAGAAGGAAGAUCGCAGCAGCAGAUGAGGACGGCCGAGAGGACAAAGCCACCAUCAAGUGCGAGACGUCCCCGCCCCCCACUCCGCGUCAAGUGCGAAUGACGCACACGCUCCCUGGCUCCUCCCACAACGACGCACGCGGCCUGGUGGCCACCCUGGAGGCUGAGGCCAGUGCCCUGAGCAGUGUGACCAGUAGCCAGGACUCCCUCCACAAGCAGCCCAAGAAGAAGGGCAUCAAGUCCUCCAUUGGCCGGCUCUUUGGGAAGAAGGAGAAGGGCCGUCUAGGACACCUGGUCAAGGAGCUUGGAGUGCCUGGCCAAGCAGGAAUGUCCGAUCCGGAGCUGACGGGCCAGGACCUCGCCAUGGGGAAGCUGGGCACCCAGGCGGAGAAGGACCGGAGGCUGAAGAAGAAGCAUGAACUUCUGGAGGAGGCCAGGAGGAAAGGUCUGCCCUUCGCCCAGUGGGACGGUCCCACCGUGGUGGCCUGGUUGGAGCUGUGGUUGGGCAUGCCAGCCUGGUACGUGGCGGCCUGCCGGGCCAACGUGAAGAGCGGCGCCAUCAUGUCGGCGCUCUCCGACACGGAGAUCCAGCGGGAGAUCGGCAUCAGCAACCCCCUGCACCGACUCAAGCUGCGCUUGGCUAUCCAGGAGAUGGUGUCCUUAACCAGCCCCUCGGCCCCGCCCACCUCCCGAACUCCGUCGGGCAAUGUGUGGGUGACCCACGAGGAAAUGGAGACCCUUGCGGCCCCCACAAAAACGAAGUCCGAUUCGGAAGAAGGAAGCUGGGCACAGACCUUAGCAUAUGGGGACAUGAACCACGAGUGGAUCGGCAACGAGUGGCUGCCCAGCCUGGGCUUGCCUCAGUACCGCAGUUACUUCAUGGAGUGCCUGGUGGACGCACGCAUGUUGGACCACCUGACCAAGAAGGACCUGAGGGUGCACCUGAAGAUGGUUGACAGCUUCCACAGGACCAGCCUGCAGUAUGGGAUCAUGUGCUUGAAGAAGCUCAACUAUGACAGGAAGGAGCUGGAGAGAAGGCGAGAACAAAGCCAGCAUGAAAUAAGAGAUGUGCUGGUGUGGAGCAAUGAGCGCGUGAUCCGCUGGGUCCAGAGUGUGGGCCUACGCGACUAUGCCAACAUCCUGCUGGAGAGCGGCGUGCACGGUGCCCUCAUCGCCCUCGACGACAACUUUGAUUACAGCAGUCUGGCGCUGCUGCUGCAGAUCCCCAACCAGAGCACCCAGGCACGUCAGAUUCUGGAGCGAGAGUACAACAACCUGCUGGCGCUGGGCACGGACAGGCGCCUGGAUGAGGACUUCCCGCGCGGCCCAUCCUGGAGGAGGCAGUUCCCUCCCCGCGACGUCCACGGGAUCAGCAUGAUGCCCGGCUCGGCCGAGACCCUCCCCGCCGGCUUCCGGCUCACCACCACCUCGGGGUACUCCCGCAGGAUGCCCCCUGAAGUGGGCCCGGCCGCGGUGCAGCGACUCGACAGUUCCACUGUGAGGACCUACUCCUGCUGAGCUGCCGGCCUGAGAGGGAGCCGUGAGCUGUCUUUACCUUUUCUGGAGAAGCCAAGGGAGUUGGCUGGAGGUACGAGACACACUGCCAAGGACAACCCCUGCAGCAAGGGCACCCGCGGGAGGUGGAGGGGGGGGGGGUGUGCAGGCCUGGCUGUCCCCUCCGCUCCCACAAGCCAAGCGGGCGAACCGAAGCACCGGCCGACCUCCCUGUUCACCUGCCCCGUCUCUGCCGUUUCUUCUUGUAACAUAACUAGUUAAAACAUACGUACUGUGUAUUUCUUCAACGGGAGACGUGUAGGCUAUCUGUAAAAUAAUAUAAAUAUCUUUUUAUAUAUUAUACAUAUAUAUGGAAGAGACAAUACUCAGAGUGUGUGCAUAUAAUGUACCAGAUGUCAUUGACAUGUUUGAAUAAUGCUGCUAUUUGUACCCUAUUUUCCAUGAGGCCAUUUUGUACACUUCUGUUUAUUUAUAUAGGUUUGUUUUUUGGGUUUUUUUUGUUCUGUUUUGUCCCCCCCCCCCCCCAUUGUGCCGGGUUCAAGUGUUUAGCAGUGGUAGUACCUUUGAGAAGGACGUGACGCACAUUUGAUUGUUUGGUUUCCUUUGACUCUGUGGCCAUGCCGUGGCAUUAUGUUCUACUGUAAAGGGCAGCCUCCACGUUCUGUACAGUCGUGUGCAUCAGCGUCACGGAUGGAGGAGCGGAUAAGUGACCGCUCUGCCAGCUGCAGGGAAUUCUGGGAGAAGCUGAGGAAGCACUGUGACCGGCACGGGCGUGACGAGCACUCGUGACCAAGGACAGCUGCACACGUGACGAAACUGUAAAAGAAGGCAAGAAAUAUUUGCUGCUUUAGCCAAGGACCAAGAAAAGCCCUUUUCCUUACGAUGCAGCCAGCGGGACUUGGCGGGACGUCGGAUCCUGCAGUGGCGCUGCUUGCCGUCACCAGACAUCACACAUUGUUCACGAACGAGAAACUCGGUCAUGGCAGAGGUGCUCCGACAAACCCUUCAAGGCGGGAGUUUUUCGUACAGAUUUCACCCCCCCAGAUGCUUGACGUGCAGAAAUUUGUGAGCGACAGACUCCCACCGCUGUGACGUGUCGAGACACUGGGGGAAAAAGACAGGUCGGAGGAAACGUGAAACCCAGUGCUUGCUGUGAUUUUAUCUGGUGUAACUGUCAACUCUUGUUUAUGUAGAAUUGGCGGGGCGUGACCUUUCGAACGACCUCCCUCCUGUAGCUGCUGUUUCUCCGCUGCCUGAUUGUAGCUCAAAUCCUCCGUCUUUUAGUUAUUUCUGCCAGUAUAUUGAUCUGAAUUAUUGCUUCUUUUUUUUUUAUUUUUCUUGUUUUGCACGUAUGGAGAAAUUGUUCAUUUUUGUGUCCAUGCUUAUUUAUUACUGACUGUUUUA